AGUUAUAAGACCGUGAGAGAAAUGACAGAUAAUUUACGAUGUCCAACGGCUUUGUAAAUGCGACGAAUUUAAGUUCCCAAAAGGCUUUAAAUCAUAGCUACUCAGCAGAUGGAACUGGGACAGAAAUUCAACCAAGUCGGAUCGGUCUCGUGAUCGCUUUCUAUGUAAUGAUAGUGCUCUCACUGGUGGGUAAUACAGUGGUAAUCAAAGCCAUCAGAAGAAUCGGAAAGAACUUACGACGACCAGUACAUUUCCUAUUUAUCAUAAACCUUUCUGUGGCCGAUCUCCUUUUUGCUUUAGAGAUGACACCUAUGAUCUGUGUUCAUCUGCUCUUGGGAGGAGCGUGGCAUAUUCGCGGUCGAUUCGGAGAGUUUCUCUGCCGAUUUGACGUGUUUUUGUCCGCAGUUUUAAUUCUUACGUCGAAUCUGACAAUUUCAGCCAUCGCUGUGGAGAUGUUUCUGGGGAUAUUCUUCCCUUUGAAGGCGCUACUGUCGAAGAAAAGGGCGUAUUUUAUUAUUGCCGCCACGUGGUUUGUAAGCGGGUGUUAUAGCAGUCCGCUGUUUUCUUUUGCGCAUCUCAAAGCACACGGCAUCGGUGACGUAAUAUGUUUCGUCGGCAUAAAGAACGAAGAGGUCGUACAAUGGUUUACAUUUCAAACAGUGUUGUUGGCGGCGGGAUUUGUGAUCACUCUAGCGUUGUAUUCAGCCAUCGGUAUCAAACUUUGGCUCCUUAAAUCACCUGGAUUUCACUUCCACCAGGUACAGCGAAAAGGAAGGGUGAAAAGAGCUAAGGCUCUCAAAAUGUUGGUAAUGUUGGUAUUUGUCUUCUACGUUUCAUUCAUACCAUUUUGGAUUUUACAGUUAUCUCUUCACUUCGGCUUUUAUGACAAGCUCACCCCGUACUACAGCAACAUCUCAGCAUUCCUUAUGCUUUGUAACGGAACUGUAAACCCAGUCAUUUACAGCGCGUACAACACGGAUAUUCGGGAUGAAUUCAAAUCCUUGAUCACUUGUAAGCCACCGCCGGAACGCCUGCGAAGUCUGAUAGCAUUUUACACCAGGGCGAUAAGGAAGAAAAAAUUUAAAGAUUUAGAAGCGAGAUCACCUAAUCAACAGUUUCCUAUGGAUGGGUUGCCUAGGAGAAUUAGCGGCCAGUCGACGAAACUGAAGCCAAUUGCUGGUGAAAAAAACUUGGCUUGUAGUUUUGAAGACACACGACUGUAACGUGAAACAGUGGUCACGCGACAUUAAGACUUGAGUCACGCGAUCUUAUGAGUAGCGCAAUCCAAUUUUUCAGCUAAAAGAUUGUCCACACAAAUACAUAACUGAUUCACUUGAAAUUUGGCGUUUCUUGUUUUAUUACUGUCCCUUAAUUUUCCCUUGCCGAAACCUCACAGGCUGCUUAUUUUCACUACUGCUUAAGUAAUUUUCCCUGUAGGCUUGUUAGCUCAGUUGGUAAAGCGCUGCAUCGGUAUCGCGGAGAUCAUGGGUUCAAAUCACGUACAGGCCUUAAUUUUUUUCAGGCCUUAUUUUCACUACUUCUUAAGUAGAGUUCAUUAUUAUCCAACUGCACUAAAUAAAGUGUAAAUAACACUCGAAUGGAGUAAAAAUAUUCCGCAAUAUUGCGUAAGGUUAUUUUGUAUUGUCGAAAAACCUGUUUGAGAGGUUGGCUACAUUUGCCUUCUCUGGUGCCGAAUUUAACAUUUGUACCAUUGUUCUGAGUUCACAGCCCUCAGCUCGUCAAGUACCGACAGCGAUUCCCGCGAGGCGUCGUCGCCAUGUGUUUGAGUCAGAUCAUGAAAAUGAAAUUCUUUUUCAUAUGCUAAGAGCUCGUCCAUGUCUUUGAGAAUUCGUCUUCCGGUAGAUU